AUGGGCGAUGUUCCUACAGACAAGGUCAGCUCAUCUGGGGGGGCAGAAGGGACCACCCUGGCCCCAGAGCCGAAUGCCUCGAAAUCACUAUCAUCAUCUGAUAUCGAUAAUGCCGGUCAACCCACGAGACCAGCACAGACAAGCCCAUAUCCCAGUACGGGUUAUAUGGGACCUGGAAUAUAUGAAAACUCAUCGGCCAUGAUGAUGAAUCAUAUGGCCUAUUCACUACCAACCCACCAGUCGCAACCGUCCCCGUUUGAACCCCAUCUCGCGAAUCAAUAUCCGCCCGCACCCGCCCAGGGCAUGAUCUAUCCAAUGCAGUCCAUGAACCCUUACCACGCACAGAACUCAGGAGGAGUACCAUAUGGCAUGCAUUUCAACCCGGCGUACCCACCCUACGGCCUGCCUCAACACCCUGGAACAGCUCCGCAUGGGGGCGGUCACUACUCGCCAUACGCCGCAAACCCAUCCAUGCAGAACCUGGGCACCGGACAGGCCCCCAUCUAUGGGAAUGGUUAUUAUGCUCACCAUUAUCCAGCACCAUAUGGACAUGGAACACCCUCCCUAACCGGUCCAGUACAAUCACGAUCACACACUCGUCAGGGUCCUCGAGGACCACUGUCUGUUCACGCCCCAAAAGAAGACAGACGACUUUCUGAAUUGAAUUAUGAUGUUUCAAAGACCAUCGUGGACGGGUCAAAUCCCUCGAAACUAGCACAUGUGCCAUUACUCGCCGACCCGGUAUCCCUUGACCAAUCCAUGUCAACCCCCAGCACACCACGGGGCCCACCACGCAAGCCUAAACAAUCCGGUAAUGCGCUUUGGGUGGGGAAUCUUCCGCCCGGGGCCAAUGUCAUGGACCUCAAGGAUCACUUCUCCCAGGAUGCGACCAGCGACAUUGAAAGUGUUUUUCUGAUCUCCAAGAGCAACUGUGCUUUUGUGAAUUAUAAGUCAGCAUUGGCUUGUGCUGCCGCCCUGGGAAGAUUUCAUGACUCCCGGUUUCAAGGGGUUCGUCUGGUCUGUCGACUCCGGAAAGGCUUUACGGUUCCCGGGUCGGGAUCUACGGGCCCGCCCCCUCGGCGGUCCGAGGAGAAUCCCGAUCCUACAGAUGAGGAAGUCUUGGGAGCCAGCGAGUUCAGGACCGUCCCACCUCUGGACGAUGGGACCCGUUCAUCGGAUCGUUAUUUUGUUGUUAAGAGUUUGACAGUGGAGGAUCUUGAAUUGAGCAAACAGAGUGGGAUCUGGGCAACCCAAAGCCAUAAUGAAACCAAUCUGAAUCAAGCCUUCAAGACCACAGAGCAUGUAUACUUGAUUUUCUCAGCCAACAAGUCUGGUGAGUACUUUGGAUAUGCCCGCAUGCUCUCACCGAUCAACGACGACGAGGACUUGGCUUUGGAGAUGCCAGCUCGUCCGGAACCUCUCCCUAGCAAUGUGGAGGAAUUGGAGGUGACGCCCACUUUGGCUACUGCCACGGCUCCGAAAGGUCGGAUCAUUGAUGACUCGGCCCGGGGCACGAUUUUCUGGGAAGUGGAAUCACUGGAGGAUGAAUAUGAUGAAGUGCGAAGUGAGAAGAGUGAGCUCCCAAUGGAGGAGCCCGAAGCAGAUGGACAGACCUUUGGCAAACCCUUCCGUAUCCAAUGGCUCUCGACUGGACGGGUACCCUUUCAUCGGACUCGCGGACUACGCAAUCCGUGGAAUGCCAACCGAGAAGUGAAGAUUGCACGCGACGGGACCGAAAUCGAACCGACCGUCGGCCGAAAAUUGAUUCAACUCUUCCACCCAACCUGA